UUAUUAGGUUUGUAUAAAAUGAUAAUUAUAUGUAGUGGUCCAUAUGAAAUACUAUAUAAAAAGUUUUAUUGCUGUAAUUUUGCAGGCCUCUAGUCUAAGUUUAAUGAUUAUUGAUGCUGAAUUUUGCUUAAAAGCUCAGGUUUCCAGAAAUAAUGUCUACCCCAGCGAAAGGGGCAAAGAAGAAAGAAAAAAAGAAGCCCAUUCCAGUGAAAACAUCUUUGAUUAGCCCAUACAGACCAAGCUGGAGACCACUGGGGGAAAAGAGAAACAAGAGUUUCAUACUGAACACGCUGAAAGACAAAAUAUCCGCUAUUGGGCUUCAGAAACAACGUGUCAAUAGGUUUCGCGAGUGGGGAAGCAGAAGGAGGUCAAGAAAAAAGGCAUCAAAUCCCACGGAGGAUCCAAAACUAGCUCCUGAACCCGCAGAGAAUUUACAACCCCUCUCUAAGCCCACCGAACCGUGCUGGACUAACCCGGCCGUGAGGAAACAGCUGGCAAUUGGCAUCAACGAGGUCACCAAGGGUUUGGAGAGGAAUGAGCUGAGUUUGGUGCUCGUGUGUGAUUCGGUCAGGCCAGAACACAUGACGUGGCAUUUAAUCCCGCUGAGUAAUACGAGGUCGGUGCCCGCCUGUCAGGUGCCCGGUCUGAGCGAUAGUCUCUCGGGGCUGCUGGGUCUCAAGUGCGUUCUGGCGCUGGGAUUCAAACGCGGUGCCGAGGCGUUCGAUGAUGUGGUCCGCGCGAUCACGCCCGUGGUUCCGCCGUUCAACUUAGAUUGGAUUCCGACGGAAUCAACACCGAAAGCCAAAGAAAGGCACACCGAUACAGAAAAGGGACUGAAGAGGAAAUUAGAAGAUAUAUCGGAUGAAGCCAGUGACGCCUCUCCUUUAAUCCUCCAGCCUCUGAAAGUGAGGAAAACCAUCCCGAAUCCCACAAAAAUUAGAAAACCGAAAAAGAAAGGAAAGCAAUAGUUCUUAUCAAGUGAUUACAUGAUUACUAUUUAGGUUGUUUGGACACAUUUUAAGUGUUUAGUUAUUUACAAAAGUUUACGUGAUGGUUAUGGAGAGGGAAAAGACCCAAGUGGAUUGUUUUUGGAUGCUUUUAUUCAGUCAAAUAUCCAUGCUGGUAUACCUUGAUGUAUAUUUUUGACAAUUAAUUAUUUGGGUGGACUGUCAUGUUUGACAUGGUGCUGGUACGUAUUCCCAUUAGUUCCAACCUGCAAUGGAGUUCAAUAAAAAUACUGUCUUCAGAAAUAGAAAGCCGAUCAUUUAAAACUACACAAUUUGACAUUUAAAAAACAACCUCUCUGAAAUAAGGCAAGUACUUUGGGUGUUCUCGCCUUAACCCAUAAGUUUUAAACCAUACGGGGGGGGGGGGGGAGUUUCAUGCUCAUUUCAUACAGCAAGCCUUAGAAAAAAACAUACACAAAAGUGCCCUGAAUGUUAUUGAACGAAACCACCGGUUAAAAUGUGGGACUUAGAGAGAAGUUCCUUUCUUUUAAACAUGUCUGAACGUGCGCUUAUUUAAAAGCAUAUUGUAGAUUCAGAUACAUUAAAGCAAACCAUGACAAGAUAAGCUGUAGUAACACAAAAGAACUCCUGCUAUAUAAUAACGUUGUUCACAUUUCAUUACGUCCCACCAGUGAUUGUAACUGAACAGCCAGCAAAAACUCCUUGUGCUUAAGUAUAGCAAAAUUACCAGGGCCUGAUCGCAAAUGUACCACUUGAACGAGGUUAUGGUUUCACUGCAAAGAAUACUGACAGCAUAAAAAAAAAAUCAACAAUAAAAUGGAACAUGUAGCUUAAAUACAAUUCUAAAUAUCAGAAUUGUUUUACUAAAAUUAUAAUUUAAAAACACUUAGAUGGUAAAGAACAGAAACGGGUGGGAAAAGCUACUAAAGAUGUGACAAUCAUGCCUUCAUAAAACAAAAUGUAAAUAAAUUCACAUUGAAAAUUCUAAAUGUUUCUUUUGGACACACAAACCUAAAUAAAAAAUGCACCUCAGAACAAACUGGCCAUUUUAUAAACAAAUUAAUGUUGUGCUUCGAAAUGCAAUACAUUCUUCCACGUGUAACCAUUUACGCUCCCCCUCCCACAGACAGCAGGAACAUAUACGAACGGUAUAUGACUUCAAAGGCAGCUCCAUAGAAAAGACUUUGGAUUUCGACUCCCGUUCCUGUUCCGUUGUAAACCUCACAACACAUAAUAAAUAUCUGGCAUUAAAUGUACAGCUUGCUAAUUCACACAAAUGUAUCAACACUCCUUCAUAAUACAAAAAUGAACAAAAAGACAAAAACCAUGGGAUUAAACAUGUUCUGCGAGAGGAUACAGAUUGUAUGUUAAGGAAAAUAAACGAACACUACAUG